GUAUUACACUAGUGUUGGAUGUAAAAUGGACUAGAAUAUUUUUGGCGCGCUUUAAAGUUUUGAAGAGACCAAAAUAAUUAAAUUCUGUUCUCAGAAUCAAACUAGACGUUCAACAGUAAAGAUCAGUGACUGAUUUAUAUUGACAAUUAAUACGAAAUUCAUCAAUUUUAAAGACUAAGGAACAAGAUACAGCUACAAACAUGUCGAAGGUUACUAAUGUUUUGCAAGAAAAAGAAAAUAUUGCUGCUAAUAUGGAGAAAGUUUCAUUAAAAAGCCCACACAAAGCAACAGCAGAAAGUUUAGUUCCAGCAAAACUACCAAAGUUGAAGGAUUUUGACGAUAUUGGAUCAAUUGCACAUAAGACGACAAAUUAUGCCUUCGAUCCAUCUAUAGAGCCACUGUUACAGCCGAAUCCAAGCAGAUUUGUGAUAUUCCCAAUUAAGUAUCCAGAUAUUUGGCAGAUGUACAAAAAAGCUGAAGCAAGCUUCUGGACAGUCGAAGAAGUCGAUUUAUCAAAAGAUAUGAGUGACUGGGAAAAAUUAAAGGAUUCUGAGCGUCACUUUAUCUCACACGUAUUAGCAUUCUUUGCUGCAUCUGACGGCAUUGUAAAUGAGAACUUAAUUGAACGAUUCAGUCAGGAAGUUCAAGUAACAGAAGCUCGAUUCUUUUAUGGAUUCCAAAUUGCUAUGGAAAAUGUACACUCAGAGAUGUACUCGAUUCUAAUUGAAACUUAUAUCCGUGAUGCAAAGCAGCGUGACUUCUUAUUCAAUGCUAUUGAGACUUUACCGUGCGUAAAGAAAAAGGCAGACUGGGCCUUAAAUUGGAUAUCCAGUAAGCAUGCAAACUUUGGUGAACGAGUUAUUGCCUUUGCUGCUGUCGAGGGGAUUUUCUUUAGUGGAAGCUUUGCAGCAAUCUUUUGGAUUAAGAAGCGUGGAUUAAUGCCAGGUUUGACAUUUUCAAAUGAACUUAUUUCGAGAGACGAAGGACUUCAUCGUGACUUUGCAUGCUUAAUGUACAAACAUCUUAUUCAGAAGCCACCAAAAGAACGUGUUGUUGAAAUUAUCACAGAGGCUGUAAAGAUUGAAAAGGAAUUUUUGACUGACGCACUUCCAGUAAAGAUGUUGGGCAUGAAUUGUGAUUUAAUGUCUGAAUACAUUGAAUUUGUAGCCGAUCAUUUAUUAGGCGAAUUGGGACUUGACAAGGUCUAUAAUACCAAAAAUCCAUUCUCAUUUAUGGAAUUAAUUUCACUUGAGGGCAAGACUAACUUCUUUGAACGAAAGGUUGGCGAAUAUCAAAAGAGUGGAGUCAUGUCGAGUCGUCAGGAUCAAGUUUUCACAUUGGAUGCUGAUUUCUAGUGACUGUAAUUCAGUUCAUUGAAUCAAAGGAAUAUCAAUUUUACGUAUAAUAUGUAGCUUUAAAGGUUUGACUAUUUUUUAUGAUAGACUAAAUUGAUCUUUUUGAAAUGUCAACAAUCAAAUUUUGUAUUAGAACUCUAAGAUAAAGAAUAUAUAAGGUAGAUUUAUUAAAGGACCGUAAGGACACAAG